UGUACGACUCCAAAGUUGGUGGACAACUGGGCCUAAUACUAGUGAAAAGUACAAGAGUGUUGUUUUUGUUGAGCCCAGACAGGUUUGUAUGACUGUGUUCGUGGAUAUGUCUUGCUUCGUCUCUUUCUUCCACCGGUGACUCUAAAGUACGCACACGUUGUUCUUUCGGCUGAGGCAAUUUGGAAAAUGGGAGUGGACUAUUACAAACUUCUUCAGGUAGAUCGAAGUGCCAGCGAUGAGGAUCUCAAGAAAGCUUAUCGAAGGCUUGCUAUGAAGUGGCACCCUGAUAAGAACCCUAACAAUAAAAAGGAUGCUGAAGCCAAAUUCAAGCAAAUCUCGGAAGCUUAUGAUGUUUUGAGUGAUCCACAAAAGAGGGCAGUGUAUGAUCAGUAUGGUGAGGAGGGAUUGAAAGGGCAGGUGCCACCUCCGGGUGCUGGUGGAUUUUCCGGUGGCACUGAUGGUGGAUCAACGACUUUCCGGUUCAACCCUAGAAGUGCAGAUGAUAUUUUUUCGGAGUUCUUUGGGUUUUCGAGUCCCUUUGGAAUGGGGGAUAUGGGUGGCCGUGCCGGUCCAUCUGGCUUUCCCAGAUUUGGGGAUGACAUUUUUACCUCUUUUAGUAGGAAUGCGGCUGGAGAAGGCUCUGUCAAUGUGCCAAGGAAAAGUGCACCUAUUGAGAGAACCUUGCAAUGCAGUUUGGAGGAUUUGUACAAAGGGACUACCAAAAAAAUGAAGAUUUCCAGGGAUGUGAUUGAUGCUAGUGGGAGGCCCACCACUGUAGAGGAAAUUCUAACCAUUGAGAUCAAGCCAGGUUGGAAGAAAGGAACAAAAAUAACUUUUCCAGAGAAGGGAAACGAACAAAGAGGAGUUAUACCCGCUGAUCUUGUUUUUAUUAUUGAUGAAAAACCACAUGGUGUCUUCAAAAGGGAUGGCAAUGAUCUUGUUCUCACACAGAAAAUAUCCCUUGUUGAAGCUCUUACUGGUUACACGGCUCAGCUGACAACUCUUGAUGGCCGGAAUCUUACCGUAACCACCAACUCCAUCAUCAGUCCGACAUACGAAGAAGUGAUCAAAGGAGAGGGUAUGCCCAUUCCCAAGGAACCUUCCAAAAGGGGAAACUUGAGGAUCAAGUUCAAUAUCAAGUUCCCCUCUAGACUUACAUCAGAGCAGAAAACUGGCAUUAAACGAUUAUUGACAUCUCCAUAAACUCUGGUGAUGCGUCUCCUUACCACAUCAAAUCGUGAAAGAGUGGAAUUACUUACUCAGUUUUCAAUUUUCAUAUGGAAAUUCUUUCCUUUUGCGAGCUGGUUUCUGUUAUUAGAACAGUUUAUUAGAAGUUUGAUAUUUGUUGUUUCA